AUGUUGGAAGUAGAGAGCAUGAAGAAUGUGCCAUAUGCAAGAGUGGUGGGGAGUUUGAUGUAUGCUCAAAUUUGUACAAGGCCUGAUAUUUCAUUUGCAGUAAACAUGCUUUCAAGGUUUCAAUCAAAUGCAGGUCAUGAGCAUUGGAUAGCAGGCAAGAAAGUACUAAGAUAUUUGAAGAAAACCAGAAAUCACAUGUUAGUUUACAGAAAAUUAAAUGAAAAAGAACUGGAAGUAGAGGCCUAUACAGAUGCAUCCUACAAAUCAGACAUAGAUGACUUAAAGUCAACAUCUGGUUAUAUAUUUCUUCUAGCAGGUGGAGCCAUUUCAUGGAAGACUGCCAAACAGACCUUGACGGCAACAACAACUUUUCAGGCUGAAUACAUUGCCAUUUUUGAGGCAACAGGUCAUGCAUUGUGGCUGAGAAAUUUUAUUUCUCAUUUGAAAUUGAUAAGUUCUAUUGAAAAGCCUAUGGUGAUUUAUUGUGAUAAUGCAUCAGCAGUCUUUUUCUCAAAGAAUAACAAGAGGUCCUCAGGUUCCAGAAACAUUGAUGUCAAGUACUUUGCAUUACGGGAAAGUGUUGGAGAUAAUGAAAUUGAAGUUGAAAAGAUUGGAACAAAAGAGCAAUUAGCAGAUCCAUUGACUAAGGCUUUACCAGUGGCUAAAUUUGUGAAACAUGCUGCAAAUAUGGGCAUUACAGACACUGUUUGA